AACGACAACAACUUAUGGGACUUUCCGGCAAGACCCACCACCAGUUCAACAUCGAACUUCACGAAACUUCCGAGAAAUGGGCCAUUCCUGGAAUCUCCUUACGUGAGCCGACGAAGCCGAUUAGCCUCCCCUCAAGUACCGUAGCCGACACGGAGAGUGACGUUCAUCAAGAUCAGUGGCCGACGACUCCAACGGCGCCUUCCUUCAGAAUACCGACGGUUUUCCCGUGUCCUCCGCCGCCAAAGAAACGAAAAGUAUCGUCGAAGUUUGGCUACAGCGGCGCUAGAGAAUUCUUCUCUCCACCGGAUCUCGAGACCGUCUUCAUACAUAAAGCUACAGCCCCUUGAUUCUAAUGAUAAUUAUCUCCUCUCUUUUUUUUUUAUCAACAGAAACAGGCAUUACUGAAUUUAGAAAAAGGGUUUAACCCAUCACAGAGAAUUAAUUAUCUCCUCUCUCUAACCUAUUUAGGUUGAUAAUAAAUCUUAUAUUUAUAAAAUCAGUUUCUUCAUUAGUUUAGUUCGUUACUCUUUAGCGCUUUCUUCGUUAAUUUCGAUUUAUACAAGGAAAACAGUGUUACGAGUUAGAACAGUACUAGCUAAGGUUUUGAAACUCUAUGCUCUUGUAUAAUUUGCUUUUUCAGUAAAACUGAUGGUUAUAUAAUUUGUGUCUUUUUACCUUUUCUGCCGUUACAUAUGUAAAACUCAUUUGAUUGUUACAAUAUAAGAAAAUGAGUACUUUUUAAUAGUGUUUAUUAUGAUAGGGUUAAAUCAGUACGAUCCUAACUAUUGCAUGCUCAUGCGUAUCAAAUGACAACAUGCAUCUGAACUUCCAAAAAACCUUAAUUAGCCUGAACAUGUAUAACCAAAAACGUACAACAUCUUUUGCCCCCUAUAUCUUUUAGUUUCAAGACUUUCAAUUAACUGGAGAAUGAUGAGUUUUCUGUGUUUUGUUUUAUUUCUACAUUAAGUGUCGGAAAGUAAAAAAUAUAUCCACUUUUCUGUAUCCUUCGAGCAGUCUUGAGGUCCACCUUAUUGGAGAUAAAUAUUUCAUC